GUACUUGGCGUACAGUUUGGGACUGGACGGUGUCAUGAUCAGUUAUAUUACAAACAGUUAACAAGAAAAGAACUGAGUUAAGCGUUCUUGGUUUGGUUUUGUAGAAGAACUUUGAGAAGGAGAACUUGUGUUCGCAAGAUGGAUGCGGCAAUUUGUCUGAUGAUUGCUGUAAUUCUUACAGCAGGGGAAACUUUGAAUGCAGACCAGUGUGUUUCCAACCCGUGCAGCAAUGGCGGUACAUGCUACAACGAAUACGAGGGGUACGGCUGCCUGUGCCCGGCCGGUUACAGCGGGCCACGCUGUGAGCAAAGGCAGAACAGCGGAGGGAGGUUGGGUUUCUGCCCUGAUAUCACAAAUGACAGGGUCGGGCUGUGCGUCGAGGAUUGCACGGACGAUUCGUCCUGCCCAGCCCCGCUGAAAUGCUGUUCCAAUGGAUGCGGCCACGUCUGCACGGCUCCGGUCAUAACAGAGGACAUGAAUUGGUGUAUGUCCAACCCGUGCGGCAACGGCGGCACGUGCGUUUACAACAGGCAUGGGUACGGGUGUCUGUGCGAUGCUGGUCGAUUCGUCGGCAGCCACUGUGAAGUACCUGUUCUCCAAUCCCCAUCACCAUCGUCGUCAUCGUCGUUUCCUUCAUCCCUAUCAACACCAUCAACGCCAUCGAUAUCACCAUCACCACCAGCAACAUCGUCGAUAUCACCACCAUCUUCAUCAUUGUCUUCAUCAUCAACAUUGCCAGGAGACGACAAUCCUGGUAGCCCCGAGGACGUCGCUGGUAACCAACAGCUGCCGACGGCCAUCAUUAUCGCUGCGGUUUGCAGUGUAAUAAUAAUUGUAGCGAUACUGGUGCUCACCGGGAUUUUCUUGUACCGAAGAAGAAAUCAGACGACUGAUUCGGACACCGUAUCCGUGGACAGCGGGAAGCAGAUCAUAAAGAAGGGUCCGGAGACGGGUCAGGAGCCUUGCUACAUGGAACAUGGACAUCAGAUGGCCUGAAGAUGGGAACCAGCCGAUGUCCUCUACCCCACAGUCUUUGCAACAAAAUUAUUUAAGCCAUACAGUUUGAUUUCCGGGUGUGUUGUUCUAAAAAACUUAAUAGAAUAAUAGACAUGAAUUAUUCAUGACUUUGCACUUGAUGAAUGCUUCAAUAGCGCCCUCUCUAAAAACCAAAGGCAAAGGUGUUCGUCGCAAUUCACUUGGCCCUAGCGGCGGUGGAACGGUUUCAAAUGGGAAGGGGGGGGGUGCAUUACCGAA